UAUAGGGAACGAUAUAUAGUAUAGAAUAUAUUUUUCAAGAGCGAUGCCCCGUAGCAUCUGCAUUCAUUUCGCUCUCGACUGCGUUUAUUGCAACAUAAAGCUUUUAUGAUUCAUACGUAUGGCAAAUUAUAUAUAGUUUGAAGAAAAGAAUUGAUAUCAGUGCGUAAACAGAGCUUGCAACAAUAAGAAGUUUCAAUGUUGGAGAACUGCAGCUGUCCCAACUGCAAUGCGAGGUCCUUGAUCCGCAAAAGAUACUUGACUAUAUCUCGCAUGAAGAAGCUUAAGAUGGAUUUAGCAGCUAUCUUCUUCUGUCGUUUGUAUUGUCCUGUGGGCAUGUACAAAAUAGUGUUUAGAUGUCCUUCCUGCGGCUGGAAGGGCGAUCAGGAAGCAUUGUACUGAAAUUUGUCGUUCAGUAACAUCAACAAAUACAGACAACAAUUACACUAUCAGCUUUUAAUCAGCUGUUGCAUUUGUUUUUGUUUGUUGAUUACUCAAAAGUUGUAAGUCAAAACAAUGUUAAAAUGAGAGCGAACUUUGGGCCUCUUAAGCUUUGAGCUUUACAGAGAGAAAUAAUUAGACUUGUAAAAGGAAAUUUGUACAUUUAAAUACUAUGUAAAAUAAGUAAUAAUAUAUAAAGAAUUUUGUAAAAAGAAUAAGGGAAACCAG